UAUGGUGACAUAGUUGAUUACACACGUGAAAAAAAAAUUAUACAUACGUAAAUUUAAUCAAGUCACUAACAAGAAUUGUGAAGGCAUAAAUGUGGGGGCAUUUGCCCAGCAGUGGGACAAAUUACGGUAAAAAAAAAAUCUGGCAGUAAACAAACAAAAACUUUGUGAAGUGUGUAAUUUGUGAACUGUGAUGGUGUGUAAAACCUUUAUUUUCAAGAACAAAAACUAACAAGCCUCAGUAGGUGGAAUUAUCAAUCGACAACACAUUUUCUGAUUCUUAAUAAGUUUCCGAGAAUCCGAUAAGAUGUUAUCACACGCAAGUGAAAGCAAACAGCAACUGGCAGAAGACGAACCUUACACAUACGAUCAGGCUAAAAAAGUAAAAUGGUACUACUAUAUAUUAUUGAGCAGACCUUUGAAGGUCAUCUUGGCAGUCAUUCUAUUCGGAGUAGCAGCGCCGGUAUUAUUAUACCAGUUCUACUAUGUCUCAAGCGGAGACUGGCCGCCAUUCGACGGCUAUUCCACUGGGACUUGCCUGGUUAACAGAAACUCCAGGAUCCCUUGCGGCAAUGGGACCAUGGAGCAAAGAGAUUGCCACAACCAGUGCUGCUAUGAUCUAAACACCAACUUCUGCUUUCAUAGAUUCCCAUCACGCUUCUCCUACAUCUUCAAUCAAGAAUGGAAUGAAAACGUCACAUUCGUUCCUAGAAUUCCCACUGUCCCUUACAAAAACAAACCUAGUGUACCGAACAUUAGGAUAUCAGUCGACGAAAUUUCUUCGUCACAUCUUUCUUUUACAUUUUACGAUCCGCGAACAACAGAAUUGUCCGGAUCUCGAUUGGAAAACACGAGCUACAAUUACACGCUGCUACCUCAAGAAUUGAGCAUUAGUGUAAACAGUGAUCAAGGAAUCAUUUUCAACACAAUAAGGGGACCUUUAAUAGCAUCAGAUGGCAUAUGGGAGAUUGCUUUUAGAUUGACAAACGAAACUAUGUACGGAUUCGGAGAAAUACCGUUAAAGGAAGGGACAGUGAAGGUAAUUUAUAAUUAUGACGGUGGAUUGAGUUCAGUGCCGUUGAUCUUUGCGAAAUUUAAUGGGUCUUAUCACGGACUGUUGGUUGAUAUCAAAGACCCAACUGAAAUGAUCAUAGGCGGGGGAAAUCAGGUACAUGUGAGAAGUCUCAGUAAAGCCGGCCUGAAAUUUCACGUGUUCGUGGGCCCGAAGCCCGAGAAUGUAAUGAGAGAUGUGAAGAAACUAAUAAAGUCAGCCUCGCAACUGGAAUAUUGGAUGCUGGGAGCGCAUAUUUGCAAUGAAAUCGAAGAAGCACCUACCGAAGCCCUAGGACGCCUGACAGAGUUCAUUACAUCGGCUACCCAGGCCGGUCUGCCGUAUGACAGCCACUGCGGCACAGCUCCUAUCGUUCUGGAGAACUGUUCGAACGAACAAACGUACAUUGAUGAAGGUGGGCGGCUGGUCAAAACCGUGAAUAAACGGUUCAUACCUCAUCUAUCACCUUACAUACGUUACGAGGAAAUUAAUGCAACAGAUACAGAAAAUGAUACAGUAACUACCACAUUAUCACCAUUGAUUGAAGGAACUACUCACAUUGGAGAAGAAGAAGAAUGUGUUGACUUGAAAGUAGAUUUCCCAGAAUUCAUGAUAAGAAAUGAUAAAGGGGAGAUCUAUAUAGGGAUAGUUGAAAAUCGCACCGUGAUUUAUCCAACUUACAGGAAUGUUACUGAAGAGUUUAUGCAAAAUUUGUGGCCUUAUCAUGAGGAGCUGGAUGGAGUGUUUUUAGUAAACUCUUGGCCGUUGGAUGAGGCAAUUAAAAACCAUUCUUAUGCUUAUUCUGCAUUAGCUUACUAUAGUGAGCAUUUCGAAAAGGCCUUCUAUAAGACCCUUCUCUGGAACACCACCCUUCCCGACGGGACUGAUUACUUCCACGAGCAUAAUUUGUACUCCAACAACUUCAUGGACGCCGUGAAAUUCGCUUCAGAUGGCAUACCAACUUGGAGCACCAGUCAAUAUAUGCGUGACGUCAUGAUCAAUCGUCAAAACAUCAGAACAUCAUGGAGUAACUUCCAUAAAGAAUUAAUAGAAGCUGCACUAGGAGGCAUUUCUGGUCACUGGCUCUGGUCCUCGCCUAUUUGUGGAGAUACAGACAACUACAACAGCACAAUCCAAACAGAAUUAUGUAUUAAAUGGUAUUUAGCGUCCACUUUCAUGCCAAUGAUCAAGAUACAUUCAAAAGGAGUUGAAAGACAUCCCUUAUCCUUCGAUGGAUUUGAAAGAAGUAUUACAUUGAAUGCUUUACGUAAAAGACUGACAUUGAUGCCACAUUUCUUUACUGUACUACAAGAUGGUCCUUUAUUACGACCCAUGUUUUAUCAAUUCCCUGAUGCAGAGUAUUUAGCAAAUGUUACCAGUCAGUUUGGUGUAGGCGAUGAUUUGUUGAUCGUCCCUAAUUUACUGCCAAAUCAAAGACAUGUUCAUGUUCGGAUUCCUCCGGGGAAUUGGUUUGAACUAUGGGGAGGACUGGAACUGGAUGGAGAAGAAGGGGAUAUAAUCACUAUGACUGAUACUAUGUCAGAUAUUCUGACCUUUUUGAGAGCUGGCUCUAUAAUAGUCAUGCAGAAAAACCCAAGCGUGACGGCAGAGAUAACUCGUCAGCAAGCCUUCCUAUCCCUAACCAUAGCCUUGAACCACGAAAUCAUCAACGUAACAAACCACGAAAACAUCACUAGUGAAGUUGAAACAUACCACGCUGCAGGGAAAAUGUUCAUAAAUGAAAAUCUUACAUUAUCUUUUGAUGCUGACGAAGAAAAACUUACAGUAACGGCUAUUGGUGAUGACUUAGAACCAUUAUGUGGUCUUAAUGCGGUAUCCAAUCGUUUUAUAACAGAAUUGAAGAUUUUUGGUCUGCCUUAUGAACUUAAUAACUACGAUAACUAUAGAUUAAUUUCUGUUGUGGUUAUUUUGUGUAAUUUAGAAUCACAAGAAGAAAUUGUAUAUUUUUACACUUAAAAAUAGCUGUUAUUAAUUAUGAUAAGCUUAGGUAUAUUUAUCAUAGUAGGUAUAAUUUAAAUAAAAUAUAAAAAAUCUUAACUACGUGUUAUUUAGUAGAUCUUUGUUUGUAUUAAUUACUUAUAUACUUAUUAGUUAAU